UUCUUCCACCUUGAUCCACUUGAUCAGAGAUCAGUCCGAGCAGGUGGUAAGAGUUCCAUAAUGGAAAUCGCAGCCCGACAGCUACUUCUCGGUGCCUGCGCCGUCGUGCUGGUGGCGGCGCAUGCUGCGUACGCAGAGGCAGCACCGAUCGUGGUCGGCUCGGCCAUGUGCUCUGGUUGCACUAGGAAGAACAUGAAUGCUGAGGCAGCUUUCAAAGGUCUUCAAGUGGCUGUCAAGUGCAAGAACAGCAGGGGCGAGUACGAGAGCGUGGCCAUGGCGAAGUUGGACAAGUCCGGCGCCUUCAGCGCCCCGCUCGCCACCAACCUCGUCGGCGAGGACGGCGAGCUGAAGCAGGACUGCUUCGCUCGGCUGCACGGCGCGUCGAACGCGCCGUGCCCGGGGCAGGAACCUUCCGAGAUUGUCGCGGCGCAGCCCGGCCACGACGGCGAGAAGACGUUCGUCGCGCUCGGCGGCAAGGUGCACAGCCCGUCAGCGGAAUGCGCCUCCGUGUUCCUCUGCCAUCAUUUCCACAAGCACCACCCGAUCGUCGUCCACCCGCCCGUGGUCGUGCCCCCCAAGCACGAGACGCCGGUGACCGUGCCCGAUCACAAGCCUCCGGUGACCGAGCCCAAGCCUCCCGAGCACAAGCCGCCGUCCACGACGCCGGUGGACGCGCCGCCCAUUUACCACCCUCCCGCCCAGCAGAAUAGCAAGCACUGAAACGUUUGAUACGGGCUGAAAACCGAAAUGCGUGGUAACAUUCGCUUGACCCAGUCAGGUCAUGCGAUUUCUACCCAAUAAAGUCUGUGAGGACGAGGAUUACGUUGGCAUUGUUGCGUUUUUCAUUAGCUGGGUAUGUACUACGUAGUACUAGAUUCCGUGUCGCUCUAUGUAUGAUUUAUUUGAAGUACAAUGUGUGUAACGAGCUGGAAUUAUGACUGGCAUUUGUUUUCGAAUACUUACAUUUG